AUGUCCGACUCGUUCAACCCGCUGUUCGCCAUCCUCGACGUGGCGAGCCGGUUCCUGCCCACCGCAGUGUCCGACCCGCUGUACACCCUCGCGUCGGCCGACCUCGCCUCGCUGCGGGACCACCCGUCGCAGCUCCUCCCCCUCGUCCUCUCGCUCCUCGCGGCGUGGACCGCGUUCUCGUCGUUCGUGUCGUGGGUCCGCUUCGGCCUGCGCACGAGCGUGUUCGUCGCCAAGUGGGGCGCACUCGGCGCACUCGGCACGGCGGCCUACAUGGCGUACCAGGGCGUCGGGACCGACAAGGGCGCCGUCGGCGGCGCGCAGGACGCGGCCAAGUGGGCCACCAUGGCCGGCCGCGGCAUCUACUCGCUCGGGCGCAAGGGCGCCGGUUACUACUUUGGCGACAGCUUCGGCGCCGGGUCCGGCGCGUCGUCGGCGGCCCGCUCGCGCGCGCAGAAGCGCUCGUCGUUAUCGUCGUCGUCGCGCCGCAAGACGGCCGCGCCCGCCAACGACGCGGGCUCGUGGGACUCGGGCCGCGACACGCAGGCCGAGGACUUUGUCCAGAACGCCAUGGGCAGCGUGCUCGAGUUCCUCAACCCGGGCGCCGGCGGCGCGCAGGAGACGCUCAAGCGCACGGCCAAGCGGGCGGCGGCGGGCCUUGCGCAUGGCGACGAGGGGGGGAAGAAGGGCAGCAGUGGCGGCGGUGGAGGCCUGAGCGGGCUCGCGUGGGACUUGGCCAUGGGCAAGGCGCAGAAGGCGUGGGACGAGGUCGUCGGCGGCGCCGAGCCGGCACAGGGCAAGACGAAGAAGAAGGGCCCGCGCGUGUGGUAGCCGAGCUCGACCGUCGACCGCCUUGCCCAUCCUCGACCGCAUCCACCUUUCCUUCCAUUCCUUCUCACGAUCACAAGCUGUACACCCCCCACAUUUUGCUCGACGACGUGCAAGUUCUAUGCCCGACGUGCC